CAAAGAUGCAAUGGUCGAUAAAGUGUCGCGUUCCCGUUGUAAUUACGUAUGAAAAUUAAAACCAACCAACACGCUUCUUCUCUUCCUAUCUUAUUUUCUUCUGUCCAAAAUAGAAAAGUAAAACGAGUCAGGUUCUCAUUAGAUUCAGAUCAGUCGGUCGUUUCAAAUUUUCAGCUCAAAAAAUCUCUCUCGAGGCAACCAAUCUCUGCUCCAUUUUAAUAAUUCUUCGAGGUUAUAUUACAUAUAUCAACAACCACCUGGAGUUCCUUCUCUUGGGUGCUGGGUUUUGAUGAACAAGCUGGAAGCUCCUUGGAAGUAAUUCCCUCCAUAAUGGGUGUAAACGAUCAGUGGCAUUUACCAUUUCAACCUCAAUGAUGAAUGUUGUUGAAUAGCCCCAUUAUUUCCUACAAUACUUAAUAAAACCAACCGCCUUCAGCAAAGCAUUUUCUAUGGGAGAGUGGGUUAUUGGAGCAUUCAUCAACCUUUUUGGCAGCGUCGCCAUCAACUUUGGCACUAAUCUUCUUAAGCUGGGUCAUGAUGAGACAAAGGAUGAAAUUAAGAGCUAACAAAGACUGGUGGAGGAGAGGUUAGAAAAGAGAAAGAUUGAAAUGGCAAGAUGAUCAAAUACUUCCCAGAGGAACCCUGCUAAACUACACUAUAUGUAUUGCUAUUGUUAUUUUCUAAAGAGAGAGAAACAAUCUAUGGCUGACAGCGAUGGGACAAAUGGAAAAGCUGUAAUGAAGCCUAUUAUAUACUUCCACACGUGGAGAAUUGGUAUUCUUUUUUUUGUUUUCGGAAAUUGUCUUAAUUUUAUUUCCUUUGGCUAUGCUGCUCAGUCCCUCCUUGCAGCUCUGGGAUCUGUCCAGUUUGUGUCAAACAUUGCAUUUGCCUUCUUUGUGCUAAACAAAACUGUGACAGUCAAAGUACUUGUUGCUACAGCCUUUAUUGUUCUUGGAAACGUUUUCCUAGUCGCGUUUGGGAACCACCAGUCACCAGUUUACACAACUGAGCAGUUGGCAGAGAAGUAUGGCAACACUACUUUCCUGGCUUACUGUCUGAUUUUGGUUGUAGUUGUGAUCUUGAAUCAUUCAUUGUACAGAAAAGGAGAACUGCUGCUAAUUCUUCCAGGGAAUGACGUGAAGCACUCUUGGCACAUGCUUCUUCCACUUUCAUACGCCAUUGUUUCUGGUGCUGUUGGGUCAUGUUCAGUGUUGUUUGCAAAGUCUCUAUCAAAUCUCUUGAGAUUGUCGUUUUCAAGUGAUUAUCAGUUGCAUAGUUGGUUCACGUACUCCACUGUCAUAUUGUUUUUCAGUACAGCUGGAUUUUGGAUGGCAAGGCUCAAUGAAGGAUUGUCACUGUUUGACGCAAUACUUAUUGUUCCCAUGUUUCAGAUUGUUUGGACAUUUUUCUCCAUUUGUACAGGAUUUGUAUAUUUCCAGGAAUAUCAGCACUCCCUCUCUACAAGGUCAUCAAAGGUGCAUAAUGUUAGGUCUCAUUAUCUGAACUUAUCUCUGAGUAGUAUUGAGGUGGAACAGGUAUUUGAUGCAUUGCGAACUACGAUGUUCAUUCUAGGAAUGAUUUCUGUAUUCAUAGGCAUUUCUUUGCUUGCUCCUGAUGAAUCGAGAGGAGGAGAAAUCAAAGAUACAGCUUUGGAUUCUUUAGCUGCAAGUCAUGACAAUGAUGUGGACAGAUCUGUCAUGCCUUGCGAGGAUUCACAAAUGAAAGAUAUAGGAUCACUUACGCGUAGGGUGCAGAUGAAAGCCGCGAACAUGAUUGUUAAGAUUAAGGCUGCUUGUUCAUUAUCAUUGGGUUUAGGAGAAGAAUCAAUUCACGCUUCAUCAGUUCUUGCGAUGCCCAUGGUUUCUUCUAAAAUAACUGGUUUUCGAGCCAAUGGUUUGGACAGGAACAAGUUAUUUGCGUAUAGAGCCCCAGGCUGGAGUAGGAUUGACGAGGAUGGUGAGAAAUUAUUACAGACAACAAUACUUGCGCAGAACAUUAAGUAGGACUAGCCCACACAUUAACAUUCAUCCCAGAGCGAGUUUUUCAGUUUUUUUGCAUGUCCUGUUCUUAUACUUUUGUAAAGUUCUGUCAAGUUCUCAUUGUUUCCACUGUCUGGAAAAGCACACUAAUCUUGUCUUACGUGGCAGAGUUUUUAUUUCACUCUAAACUUUGAAAGCUUCCAAGUAUAAUGUGCCAAACUGAAGUUUGUUUCCUGCAGAGAACAAAUUGUUAGUUGGUACUUAAAUGAGAAAGCUUCACUUUGCUGUACUUUUUGCGUGCCUAGAACACACAUAAUGGUAUUUCUGUGAGAUGUACUGAGAAAAACUGGCGGAUAGCUUGAGAAAUAGAUAUCGGACUUUUUGUAUAUUUACAACAAAAAUGCAUAAUGUAAAAUUUGAAAUUUCAUACUAUUAUGUUAAAAGAUUAUGGCAUUCCAG